GUCAGUAAAUAUAUCCAAGGUUAAUCUGUGUAAAGUAUUAAAAUUAUGAAACUAAUUUUAAAAACUUUACGAUUUUCAAUUAUAGAAAAAUGAGGAGAGUAGCUGUUGUGCAAACCAUUUUAGUUACUUUUCUUUGUAGCCCUGAUUUUGUAUUAACCAAUAGUACAGGGGUUGAUCAGAAUAUUGUAACUUCUAGUAAAACUGACACAAAUAUUUCUGGUAAAAUAGAAGUUUUAAAAGACUUUAAUAAUGGUAAUAAUAAUAAUAAUAUUCUGGAACCAAGUAUUGAUAUAAAUGAUGAUAUGGUUAAAUAUGACUUAGAAACACAUAAACAACCAGUUGCAGGCAGCCCUAUAGGAAAUUCUGAAGAUUCAAAUAGUGUUCUAAACAAUGAUUCGCCAGUAAUUCUAACACUUUCAGAGAGUUCCACUAUUGAACUAGAAAAGUUAGUUGAUGCACCCUUGGUUAGUACAAGCACAAAUGAGAAAAAUUUGCCAAAAAAUAUUUCCGGACAAAGACAAAAUGUAGAAGCUGUUAAAGCAAAUAUAACUCAAUUCUCUAAUGAUAUUACACAAAAUAAAACACAGAUACCGGAAGACUUAGCUCUUCCCAAUAUGAAUAAAAAUGUAUCUGGAGAACAAAAUGAAGAAAUUCCUUCUUUUUCUGAAUGGGCACAGAAACGCAUUGAAGAAGUGGAAAAAAAUGAACAAAUUAAUUCUUCAUUGAAAGGACACACUGUUAAUGGUAAAGCAGCAACUGCAAAAUUGAGGUGGAAAAAUUAUGCUUCUUUGGAUUGUGGGGCUAAAGUUAUAGCUGCCAAUCCUGAAGCUGUUAGCCCAGGUGCCAUUCUGUCUCCUUCAAGUGAUGAAUACAAAUUAAACACUUGUACAAGUCGGAUUUGGUUUGUUGUGGAGUUGUGUGAAGCUAUUCAAAGUAAAAAAAUUGAUUUGGCUAAUUAUGAACUAUUCUCUUCAUCUCCUAAAGACUUUCUAGUUUCAGUAAGUGAUAGAUAUCCCACACGGGAUUGGUCAAUUGUGGGUAAGUUUACUGCAAAAGACGAACGAGAUAUCCAAAGCUUUGAUUUGGAUACCCACAUUUUUGGUAAAUACAUCAAAGUUGAAAUUAAGUCACAUUACGGUUCAGAACAUUAUUGUCCAAUCUCAUUGUUUCGAGCCUAUGGAACUUCUGUAUUUGAGGUUCUACAAAAAGAAGACCCUGGUAACGUCAAUCCAACUGAAGAUGAUGACGACGACGACGACGAUGAUCAUAUUUUAAAUCUAAAUGAUGACCACGAUGAAUCCCAAAAGAAUUUAUUUAGUUCUGCUACAGAUGCAGUUAUGUCAAUUGUUAAAAGAGCUGCUGAGGUGCUAGGAAAUAAAGUGAAUAAUCGUACUACUCAGGAACAAAAUGGAAUCUUAAAUUUAUCAUUAUCAGUAAAUUCAUGCAGUACUCCUAAUUAUAUGAUUUUAUGCAAAAAUUGUAGUAACACAUUUUUUCAGCAAGUAUAUGAAAUAAUUAGUUGUGACUUUGCUUAUAUAAGAAAACUGGUUGAAAUACCUUUGGUGUAUAAAGCCUUAAGCGGCUCAUGGAUAUGUCAUACUUUUGGUUACAAAACUGAUGCACUAAUAAAUUCUAAAUACAUAAAUUCAAUCACAAAUUAUAUUGCAUCAUUCUUCCCAUUUAAAUACUUAUGUGCAAUGUGCCAUGAAAUUUCUAUAUUAGAAAAUAGAGCCAUUUUAAAUAUUUCUCAGCAGUUCUCAAAUUGGACCGGAAAUAUUACUACGGAACAAAUUAUUAAUUUAAAGGUACAAGAAACAACUCGUAUAGAUGACAUUAAAGAUUCUGCAAAAAAAAUAGAGGAUUUAAAUGGGACUCGACCCCUAAAUUUGUCUUCUAUUGAAGAUAAUUUGAAAAGUGCUCCCAAGGAUAAUAUCACAUAUGUAUCACAAAUCAAACCAACAAAAACACUAACUUCUGAAGUACAAAUUAGUCAAACAGAUAUUAUUUCGAAUGGUAAUAAUGCAACUGAGCAAAAUCAGUCUCCAGAAAAAACUUUACCUCUAGAAUCAGCCGAAUCAGUUUCAAUUGAAAAUUUGAAUGAAAAUAAUUUAGAUACCACAACUGAAAUUGAAGGAAUAGAGGCAUUAGAUGACCAUUUGGAACACCUUAUUUCUGAUUUUAAUAAUGACAAUAGUCAAAAUAUUAUUUCAACAACUAGUACUACAACUACACCACAAGCACAGAAGGAAUCAGUCUUUUUAAGACUUUCAAACAGAAUUAAGGUAUUAGAAAGAAACAUGUCUUUAUCUAGUCAGUAUUUAGAAGAGUUAAGUAGAAGGUAUAAAAAACAAGUUGAGGAAAUGCAACAUUUGUUGGAAAAAACCAUAGUUACUCUUCGCGAAGAAGCCCAAAGAAAGGAUUUAAGAAAUAAGCAAUUAGAAGAUCGAUUAGAUAAUUUGACAAUCAUGAUGGAAUCCUUAGUAGCUGAAAAGCAUAAUUGGAUCUUGUCAAUAUAUUGUUUAAUGACGAGUACACUAGUCUUACUAGGAAUUUAUUUUUUUUGUCGAAAAUCUACAUCAUAUAUUGAUUCCACAAGAGAAAAUAAAGAAACUGUUGAAAUUUUGCGUCGUAAAUCUAUUGAUGUUGUAACACAUAGUGUUCCUAUGAAAAAGAAGAGGAGACCCAGUGAUCAAGCUUUAAAAAUUGUGCGCUGCUCAGCACUAAGUGGCGAAGAAGAUAAACAUAAAGCCAACAAUCAGCGGCAAAGGAAAAGGAAAAAAAGAAACCUAACGAGAUCCAAUUCAAUCAGUAAUAUAAAAGAUAAUAGUUAUACAAGUGGCAGUAUAAAGUCUGAUGAAGAAUCUACAGUAGAUUGGAUAGACAGAAAUCACCAAAUUAUUGAGGACAUACCCUUCGCUUUAGAAGAAAGUGACCAUACUACUUUAGAGGCCUAUCCACUUGAAAAUGAACUGAUGAGAUUAAAUUCAAUAAAUGAGACGCCUACUGCACUUAGCUCGAGAAUGAACAGAAUUUCUAGUCAAAAUCAUGGAAAUCAUAAUGUGUCACAAGAUGAAAUUUCUUUUACAGGGAGAAAUGAUUUACAUAAUAAAAUAAAUGAUAGUGCAGGAGAACCAGCAAAAAAAGAGAAAAGAAGUUUUAAGAAGCUUUUAAAAAAAGUUUUCUAAAAUUGUGCCAAUACGUCAUUUAUAUUACAUUUAAUGUAUUAUAUAUUUGACAAAUUGUUGGUAUGUGAUAUAUUAAGUAUUUUAAGACUGCAAGAUUUAUGAAAGUUAAGAAUUUUAUGUAAUCUUAGAAAAUGAUUAUAUUUUUUUUUCACUGUUAUUUAUUUAUAUGGAAUAAAAAAUGUAGACUGAUUUGAACUUUUGAAAUACCUACCUUUAUAUCAUAUCAGACCCGUUUUAGGGGCAUACCCUGGGGAUGUCUAUUAUAAAAAAUGCAAAAUGGUCAAAUUAUGAUAAUGUUGAAUAAUUUAAUAAAAACGGUUAAAUAAUUGGAAAGCACUUUGAGCACUAAAAACUACUACUAUUCACUUAUUUAUUUGUUCAGUACAAACAUUAUAAUUUUCACAGUUAGAAGUGACAUGACAUAAUCGGGUCCCGUCGUUUAUACAGUCCUGAUGUCUCAUUAUUGUUUUGAUAAGGAGUGGAACCAUUAUUG